CUUGAGCGCAGGCGGCGGGAUUUGGCUGGGGACAAUAGAGCAGCUGAGCGCUCAACGUUAUCCGGCCCGGACUGACGGCCGCCGACAUCGAUGUGUGAACUGCUCACCCAACACACGACCUUCGCUGGACUAUCCCGCGCACGUUGACCUUAAUGGCAGCGCCCGUUGCGCACAAGCUAAACCCGCCGUUCCGAGGCGAUCACAACGGCUCGUUCCUGCGCCCCAAGGAGCUCUUGGAGGCCCGAAAGCAGGCAUACGAGGGCAAGCUGUCCCCCGAAGACCUCAAGAAGCUUGAAGAUAAGCACAUCGCUGAGCUAGUCAAAAAGCAGCAGGAUGUGGGCAUCCGCGCGACCACCGAUGGCGAGUUCAGGAGACAGUACUUCCAUCUGGAUUUCUUGAAGAAGCUCGAUGGUGUAACGGUGACCGGAGCAAUCAGGUCCAUCGAAGGCAAGGGAGGUAUGAUGCCUCCCCAAUUGUCUGUGACCGACAAGCUCGGCCUGUCAAAGCCUAUCGUGGUCGAUGACUACAAGUAUGUUCAAUCCCUCAUCGAUCCGUCGAAGGGAUAUGUACCCAAGAUCAACAUCCCGUCGCCAACUAUGGCUCACUUCCGGGGUGGCCGGGCCGCGAUCAGCAUCGACGCGUACCCUGACUUAGAUAUGUUCUUUGAAGACUUGGCCAAGGUCUUCCGGCUGGAGAUCGACGCGUUAUACGCAGCUGGAUGCAGGUACAUACAGCUCGAUGAUACCAACCUAGCCUACCUAUGUGACCCCGAGAUGAGGAAGUCAGCGGCUGACCGUCACGGCGAUGUCAAUGCCUUGCCUCGUCAAUACGCCAAACUCAUCAACGCCUGCAUCGACCAUCGCCCAGACGACCUCCGCAUCGCCAUCCACCUUUGCCGCGGGAAUUACCGCUCGACCUUCUUCGCCUCUGGUGGCUAUGAGCCCGUGGCGGAGGUGUUAUUCCGAGAGCUGAACGUCGACUGCUACUUCCUCGAGUGGGAGAACGAGCGGAGUGGAGACUUCAAGCCUCUGAGGUUCCUGCCGCCAGGCAAGGUUGUGGUGCUCGGCUUGGUCUCGACGAAGGAGUCGGCGAUGGAGAAGAAGGAGGAUAUUAUCGCUAAGAUUCACGAGGCGGCCAAGUACGCGCCGCUGGAGCAGCUUGCGUUGAGUCCUCAAUGCGGGUUUUCGUCCACGGAGGAAGGAAACAAUAUUUCGGAAGAGACGCAGUGGGCGAAGAUGAAGCUCGUGCUGGAGAUAGCGAAGGAAGUGUGGCCGGACGCGUAGUAGUCCCCAGCUCUUGAAGGACCAUGUAUACUAUGUUUUCUUGGAUUGCUGAGUACGGAAGGGCCUUACUGUAUGUAGGAAAAUAACGAAGACACACAUUGACUGCGGCAA